GUCUUCCUCCCGGCCCUCACUAGUCACUAAAUUGUAAAUUCUCUUCAGUACUAGUUUGCAUCAAUUAUCCUUCUUUCUUGUUUCCUCUUUAAUUCUUUCGGAAUAUCGAUUGGUUUGAGGGAUGUAGAUAAAACUAAGGAGAGCAAACGAGGAAGGUAGAAUGCGGACACUUUGCGACGCCUGUGAGAGCGCAGCUGCAAUUCUCUUCUGUGCCGCCGACGAGGCCGCCCUCUGCAGCUCCUGUGACGAAAAGGUCCCCAUUUUUUUCCUUUAUGUUUAAACCCAGAUAAAUGAUUUAGAUUUUAGAUCCUGCAGAUUGUAGGAGAAUAAUUCAAUUAGAGAAAGAGAUUGGUAAAUUCUACUAGAAGAAGUAAUAAAGAGUGCCUUUUGAAUCCAGAAAUAUUCAAAUACUAGAAAUGUUUACGUGGGUUUUCCUCAGAUUAAUGCAAAGAUUACUAUGUAAUUUGUUUGGUUGUAUUCUGUGUUCAAAUCUUUUGAUCGCAGCAUUUUCUGUGUUCUUUGUGGGAGUUUUAGGUUCACAUGUGUAACAAGCUUGCGGGCAGGCAUGUCAGAGUUGGACUGUCUGACCCAAGUGAUGUCCAGCGUUGUGAUAUAUGUGAAAACGCACCUGCUUUCUUUUACUGUGAGGUAGAUGGUAGUUCUCUUUGCUUGGAAUGUGAUACGGUUGUACAUGUUGGUGGAAAACGAACGCAUGCGAGGUAUCUUCUGUUCAGACAGAGGGUUGAGUUUCCAGGGGAUAAGCCCAGUAAUUUGGAGGAAUUGGGGUUGCAACCACUUGAUCCAAAUGAAGGAAUUAGGAAGGACCAGAAGCAUUUACCUAAGCUUACAACUAGGGAGAACCAGCAAAAUCACAGAGUUUUACCAGCUCCAGCACUUGAUGGUAAUGCUGACGGUGAUUGGAAGAUGAGCAGUAAAUUGAUAGAUCUAAAUGCUAAACCCCAAAAAGUACAUGGUCAGGCUUCAACAAACCAGGGUAUGGAUGUUUCGAGUGGCAAUGAUCAUGACUCAGCAAGUGUUGUUCCUGUUGUACCCUUCAAAAGAGAGUCUGAAAAGUGAGCAAACAGAAAAGCUAGCUAUGUUCUUAAUGCAUCAAUUAAAAUAAUAUACCUAAAGUUAGGAAAUAGUCAAUAUUAGGAUCAUUGAUGGCCGGGUGGCUUCCUCUCACAAUAUUAGGAUCAUAUAGAGCAAUCAUCAAGUGUAGUUUUGUGUUCAUAAAUUUCUUAUGAUUGUGUGGAGAACAUGCGAUAGCAUAGCUUUUCCUUUUAGCUCGAUGCCGAUUAACUUUUAUGCAUGCAGACUUAUUUUCUGGACACCAUCUUGUGGCACUGGACCACUAUCUUGCAUUUAUGGCUUCAGAUUCAAAGUUUCAUUCUCCUGAAUUAGUUUUCUACUUGGUAGAGACUCAUUUACCCUCCACUUUUUUGGCUGCAGAUAAUGUCCCACUAGUUCUUUUACCCUCUAUGGAUUUGCUGAAUCCAGAUUGUGUGGUUUUUGGCAGAUGGGUUAGGCUUCUGUACCAUUCAUUUCAAAAAGUUGAAGUGUUGAACAGAAUUAACCCGUGUGCCAAGAUUGAUAUCUCUUUACUACAUUAAUAAAGUUGUUACUUGUUAGUGUGAGUUUUUUCCCCAAUGUCUGUAGUUGAUUUGCACACAAUGUUUUUUUUACAAUAAAUCUGAAUAUAGCCC